GAGGAGGAGAAAUCUCCCCUUCACCCCUUCUGGACUCUGGAGCUCAGAGCAGUAAAGAUUGUGCAGAAGAAGGUGAUGAAGAUGAAGAAGCUGCUGGUGUUCCUGCUUUUUCUGGUCCUGAUGACCGUUUAUACAGAUGCAAACCCGCUCAUCAAGGAGAGCUUUGCUAAGCAGCUUCUCCGCAGCAAGAGGCAGGAGAGGCCGCUGAAGGCCGGACACCCCGAUGAGCCCAUGAGGGAGCACCUGCUCCACAUGCAGGCUCUGGACCAGAGGGCCCAGGAGACCAACCUGGAGAACUGGAUGAACCCGCACUGCCCUCCACGUUGCGACCGGAACUACGGACACCCGAUCUGAGGAGAACCAAGAAAAUGACCGGAAGUGGCUGAAAACGGACUAAAGUGAGACAUCAGAGAACUUCUGUUUUUUCCUGAAGAUUUAAUAAAUAUUGUUUAAUAAUCAAAUAAAAACUGGUAGCUUCGUGUUUUUUUUUGUUUUAGCCUGUUUUACAUAUAUCUCAUCAUCUGUAACCACAAUAAAUCAUAAAUAAUA